CAUACUACAGUAUUUCGAAGCAAUUUGUCACUUCCCCAUAUAUACAGACCUGCGCUGACGUAUACUGAUAAAGAAGAACCAUUCGUAAUAUAUGAAGGCUACUGCAUCGAUUUGUUGAAAAGAAUCGCCAAACUUCGUAAAUUUAAUUAUAUUCUCCAUGAAGUUAAAGAUAAAGCAUACGGAUCACGGGAAGCGAAUGGAAAAUGGAACGGAAUGGUCGAAGAGUUAAGAAAAGGGGAAGCUGAUAUUGCAGUCGCAUCAUUAACGAUCAGUUUUAGCCGAAGUGAAGUGAUUGAUUUCACAGUACCAUAUAUGCAUUUAGGCAUAUCGAUACUUUUCAAAAAACCAAAUCCAUCUAAUCCGAGUUUCUUCGCUUUCAUGACACCUCUUAGCUCAACUGUUUGGAUUUUUAUGCUUAUGGCAUACGUGAUUACAUCACUAAUUAUUUGGAUCACUGCACGAAUUUCACCAUUUGAAAGCGCUUCCAUUGAUGGAAACAGUGUAGUUUCUUUCUCAAACCAAUUUACAAUGUUCAAUUCGUUUUGGUUUACUGUUAGUUCACUUAUGCAACAAGGAAGCGAAUUGUCGCCUCGAGCUUUGAGCACUAGAAUUGUUGCCGUCGUUUGGUGGUUUUUCACGUUAAUCCUUAUAUCGUCAUAUACGGCAAAUCUAGCAGCAUUUAUAACAGCCUACCGAAUGGUUGCACCGAUUGAAAGUGUCGAUGAUUUAGCCAAGCAAACAAAAAUUAAAUAUGGUACACUCGGCAAAGGAUCAACUAUGACUUUUUUCAGUGAAUCAAAAAUCGAUACAUAUGAGCAAAUGUGGAAAGCGAUGUCGAGUCAACCGAUUCUAAAUUUUGUGAAUUCAUCAAAGGAAGGAAUACAUCGAGUAAAAUCUGCCGAUUACGCUUAUUUAAUGGAAUCAUCCAUGUUAGAAUACGCCAUCCAACGUGACUGUGAGUUAAUGCAAAUUGGAGAUUUGCUCGAUCAAAAAGGUUACGGAAUUGGAUUACCUAAAGGUUCACCAUACCGACAUGCAAUAUCAACUGCAAUAUUAGAUUUACAAGAAAAAACUAUCCUAACUGAACUGAAAGAUAAAUGGUGGAAGAAAGGACGAGGAGCAUUAGAAUGUGAAAACAGUAAAACGACGGCUGGCGAAAUGUCGAUGCUCUCUUUCGAUGGCAUAUUUAUUGUUUUGAUAUUAAUUUAUUUAAAGGUAACUGGCUUGAUAUUUUCUUUCACACUUGCUAUUAUCGAAUGGUGUAUCAAAAUGACUUACCAGAGAAAUGUAUCAAAAUCGAAGCGAUAA